GGCGAGCAAACACACCCUCUCCGGAGGCGACGGAGAAACACCUUCUGUGUUCUAUCUCUUGGAAGACGGGGGACGCAUAGGAGUGAUGGGCGUGUCAGCUGAAUGUCGUGUCCGCCGAGCGAAAUUCCUGAGUCGGAUUAACAUUUACCCUCACCGUGUAGCGUAAUGACCCCGGGGUGUCUGGGUGGCAAUGAGCGCGCGCCUUCUGUUUUGUUAUUAUUAUCAUCAUCACCAUCAUCGUAGCGCGAGGACAGCAGCACCAGCAGCAGCAGCACGCGCCCUUCUGAUGCCACGCGCGGAUUAAAGCAGCCAUCAGGACUGAGGACGCAAACAUCAGCGGCUGCAAGUUCCUGCACGUGGCCAUCAGAUAUGGUUUUAGAAGGAAGCUCUGAGGCCCUGUGCCCUCCUCCGUCCCUGGAGUUGCGCCCAUCAUGCAACAAGAGCCAACCAUCGCCCCCUCUAGACUCGGGCUCACAAUCCCAUGAUGCCAUAUUCCCAGGUGACAAGGAACCCAUCAAGUAUGGAGAGCUGAUCGUGCUGGGACAUAACGGUUCACUAGCUGGUGGUGAUAAAGGGCGCAGGAGGAGUCGACUAGCCCUUUACAAGAGACCCAAAGCCAAUGGCGUCAAACCUGAUGUCAUUCACAACGUAUCCACACCUCUGGUGUCAAAGGCACUGAGCAACAAAAGUCAGCACAGCAUCUCCUACACACUGUCAAGGAGUCAUUCUGUUAUAGUAGAGUACACACAUGACUCCAACACAGAUAUGUUUCAGAUUGGCCGUUCCACAGAGAGCAUGAUCGACUUCGUGGUGACAGAUAUGGCAGGCAGCAGCGGGCAGUGCCAAGGUCAGAGUCAGGGGGGUGCGGGAGGAGACGGGGGCCAGUCAGCACAAAGCACCAUCUCUCGCUACGCUUGCCGCAUCAUGUGUGAGCGUAGUGCCCCCUUCACAGCCCGCAUCUACGCUGCUGGCUUUGACUCCUCCAAAAACAUCUUCCUCGGGGAGCGGGCGGCUAAAUGGCGGACCUCAGACGGCUUGAUGGAUGGGCUCACCACCAACGGGGUGUUAGUGAUGCAUCCUGCGGGGGACUUCGUGUCUGAGCCUACUCCUGGGGUGUGGCGGGAGAUAUCAGUGUGUGGGAACGUCUUCGCACUGAGAGAGACACGCUCGGCUCAACAGAGAGGCAAACUGGUCGAGAAUGAGUCAAACACACUGCAGGACGGCUCACUGAUUGACCUGUGUGGUGCCACACUGCUGUGGCGAAGCCCAAGUGGCCUACGGCGCACGCCUACGCUCAAGCAGCUUGAGUCGCUGCGCCAGGAGCUGAAUGCUGCACGUCCUCAGUGUCCUGUGGGCUUCAACACGCUGGCCUUCCCCAGCUUGGCGCAACGUGCCACCGUGGACAAGAAGCAGCCAUGGGUCUACAUGAACUGCGGUCACGUGCACGGCUACCACAACUGGGGCUUCCGCAGGGAGAAAGAUAAGGCGGUGGGGGCAGCCGAGCGCGAGUGCCCCAUGUGCAGGAAGGUGGGCCCUUACGUGCCCUUGUGGCUGGGCUGCGAGGGUGGCCUGUAUCUGGACGCAGGUCCCCCAACACACGCUUUCUGCCCCUGUGGCCACGUGUGCUCAGAAAAAACAGCGCAAGGCUGGAGCCAGAUCCCACUGCCCCACGGAACACACGCUUUCCACGCAGCAUGCCCGUUCUGUGGCACGUGGCUCACUGGCCAGCACGGCCACGUCAAGCUCAUCUUCCAAGGCCCCGUUGACUGAGACAGCAGGACUGUGAAAGAAACUGUGUGCAUGUGAAAGAAAAGGACUUGAGGAGUACAUGUACUGAACUGUUACUGCACCAAAAGAUCAACGUGCUGAGAAAAUGUUGAGAAUAUGUAAAUAAAGAUGAUGGAAUAAUUACAAAACAAUUGCUUUGAUUUUCGUGAAAUUAUUGUGGGAAAGCAAAGAAAGAUCAUUUUAUUGCAAGUUAGUGGUGGUUGUGCCUGAACCUGAAAUGCUGAUAGAGUAAUUUGUGUAAAUGGGGCCGAGAUUUCAAAAUGCACACAGGCAGCUACAGACAUUAGGACUGAUGAGUAUUUUGUGUUUGAGUUUGCAAAAAAAAAAUAAAAAUCUGACAAUACAAAUUUUAAAUAAAUCUCAAUGAAAGAAAAAGUUAAGUUAAGGCUCAUGGGCCUCUGUCUAUUCAUCUCUUUCUUAGGGAAGUCUGAGCAGGCUGGUACCGUCGUGUCUGCAGACUGCAGCUCAUUCCCUGACUAUAAAUAACUCAAGGUCAUCACUGCCUCCCCACCAACAUGAUGCACACUGCCUUUAGCAUGGAAGGAGCAGAACAAGAUAUACAGUACAGAGGCUAUUUAUACUAUACUGUAGGUCAAAAGCAAAAAGAUUUAUUCAUAGUCAUAUAAUUGCUUGAUGUUGAUCUAGUCUAAUGUAACAGUAGUGCUUACACGAGCAGUGUUUGCAAUUAUUUUACUGAAUUUAGACUGAUGUUCGGAAUGUUUAACAGAUACAUCACUAGACUUGAGUAAAACUAACUACACUUCAAAUAAUUUCAAAGAGAAUAUGACAGCAUUGAUACUGUAUGCUUUAAAGUCACCCAGGACCAUAAGUUGUUCUUGGUUAGGUUACCCCAUUAAACAAUUUGUUAUACAAAAAUAUUAGAUGUUCGGGCAGGAAGAGAAAAAAAUAGGCAUUUUUACACUAAAGUGAUAAAAUAAAUUUGAAGAUUACUUAAUUCUUCUGGCAAAGGUGUGUGUUUGCAGUGUGGGCAUUACAGUCUCUAACACUUUUACACAGUAGCAUCUAGCUGGAGCACACACUCGCACUUACUGUGUACAGUUACGUUAAUGACAUCCUAGGCACAAGAACCCCAAAAAAAAGCCAGACGUAAGACAUUGAUCAUUUUUAUUAUAUAUAUUUAUAAUAAUAUGUACAGAAAGAAGAAAAACAUGAUCAAACUGAGCUAUGAAAGAGAGCACCAGAGUGAGCAAGCAGAGGGAGAGGGGAAGAACUACCGGCCUGGUGCUCGCUACAACCGUCGUCCGUGCCUUCGUCAUACCUCACCCAAAGCAACACAGAGAUGUGCAAAUGACAGAACAAACCAGUUAAAAAGUAAAAGCCAAAAAAAAAAAAAGCACGCGGCAAAAUUUCAACACAUUCAAAAGUAGCCCUCCCCACGUUCAAUAACCUCCCGCCCCUCUACGAUAUUGCCCCUAGGCCCACAUCCAUGAA